GCCUCACUUGGAACGAAUUUGUUUUCAUUUUCCUGUUAGUACUAAAUGGCACUAGUAUUUGGGAGAAGCAUAAGAUAUCGCAGUGAGUUUUAAUACGUACCGGAAGUGCGCGGCGUACUCAUUUGAGCAUCCUCGGUUCACAAAUCGAUCGAUGUGGUCAAAACCUGCAAUGGCUACGAAAAUCACUGAUACAGUGGCAAGAAAUGUCGCAGUUGCGGAUCAGUCUUCUUUUCUUAUAGUCAAGGCUUUGGGACCAUUGUCUUUUGUGGUGCAUGAUGUGACCCUUAAUGAGGAGGAAAAGCAACAUUAAGAGCGCAGUAACGGAAUACGUGUUCUUGUGAGGUCACAAUCGGCGAAAGGAAUCACUGCACUUGCAAAACCUACAAAACCAUGCCGCAUGAAUCUUGUGAGCAUAUUUGUUGGAUUCUCAUCAAGAAGUUCAAGGUCCACCCUAAAGACGAAAUGCUAUUUCAGAGUGGUCUAAGCGAGACAAGCCUACGCUCCUUGUUCAAUAAGGACUAUGUAUCCCAAGGGAAAUCGAACACUCUUGUGGAGAAAGCACCUCGAAAAUCAACCCAUGGGAAUACAGGUUUAAGGGUUCUAACACGUGACGAUGAGUGUCCGAUCUGUUUCGACAAGUUCUUCCAGUCUUCGAAGGGAGUCACGCAGUGCCAAACCUGCAAGAAUUACGUUCACAUUCCCUGUCGUGACCUUUGGAAACGCAACGGCGAUGCCGAUACCAAAGACCGGUGUCCGUAUUGUCGCGGGCAUUUCGGUGCCAGCGCGCCGAUUCCCAAUCGUUGCGUUCCGUGGCGAAAAAACAAAACCAUCCCAACUUCGAAAUCGGAUUCACUCGAUCCCCGAAUAACUAUUCCCGAGCCAUCGAAGACAGAUUUUGUCGACUGUCUGCAAGGGCUAUCGCUCCAGCACGUCAGUGACCAACAGUAUCUGUCGCCGAUGCAGUCAAGCGAUUUCGUACUGACGAGCAGUGCUUUCAAGCCUCAAAUUCGCCUCCACAACAGCAUUCCCCUAUCAAGAUCGCAAAAUGCUGCCGUGCGCCCGAGAACACUGGGCGUCGCUGGAAAAGGAUUGGCCCAAUUUAAUUCCACGCAGAAAGUGGUCGGUCCAAUUCUGGAGGCAAGGAAACUCUCAAAAACGAUUCCCAAGCGAAGUCAGAGCCAGAAACUGCUGCUGGACAAGACUGUCGCAGCCAUCCGUUUUGUGCAACAGGUGGGGAACAAAGGACAGGCAGUUGUGGAAAAAACCUUUACGCAACUGGCCCAUGCUCUGCAAAUGCAGAAUGCCGCAGAAGACACGCGCGCAAGGAUCACACGAAGUGCUUCCGGUAGUGUAAUGAGGAAUUAGAACGGAAAACUACUGAUGGAAAAGAGUUUCUAAAUAUUUCUACGCAAUGAAUACACUCAAUGCAGGAGUUUACUAUCACAAUUAUUUCUACAAAACACGAGCGUUCUUCGUUCAUAUUCAAAACGGUGCAUAUAUAGUAUGCUUUAUGGACCAUCUGCUUUUGUCAGCAAACUUGGAGCUAACAAGUAAAAACUAUAAAACCAAUCAAUAAACAAUGAAAAGUUACGACAAA